GGACUUCUGACGAAGGGCCGUGCUCGCAGCCCACCACUCGCUCUGUCUUCACUGCUAAACUCACUCGCAGGCCCUUGCUCUGUGCCCGCUGCCCCUCUGUGCCCGCUGCUCCGCCAUGAGCGCUACCCUGACGUUGUGCGGAGGGUGCUCCGCCACCCGGCCCGCCACAGACGAGAUCCAGGCCAUCGCCGACAAGGUGAAGGCCCAGCUGGAGGAGAAGGAAAACAAGAAGUACCCCACUUUCAAGGCCACGGAGUACAAGAGCCAGCUGGUCGCGGGGACUAACUACUUCAUCAAGGUUCAAGUUGAAGAUGAUGACUUCGUGCACAUCCGAGUGUUUCGAAGUCUCCCUCAUGAAAACAAGCCCUUGUCCUUGGACGACUAUCAGACCAACAAGACCAGGAAGGACGAGCUGACCUAUUUCUAGUUCUGGAUUUUGAACUGAACCCUCGCCACGUGGUUCUCUGUCACGUGUUCGCGUGCCGGGGUCGUAAAUGAGCGGCGUCUGUGCUGCUCUGCACCAAUCUGGUGUCUCUGCUUCUGACUUUAAUAGCGUGAUUUUCCUCCCAAUCAAUGAUCUCAGCUAAAUUGCUUUCCAAGCGGCCUUAGGUGAUCUCUAAAUAAAUGCAUUUUUAAGUUUUUGCAAA